AUGUCGCAAGACUCGGCAGAGGUCCUUGCCAAGAUCCUCGACGAGCUCACCGAGCUCAAGAUCCGCAACGCCCACCUCGAGGCAAAGGUCGACGCCCUCCAUGGCGCAGCAACGUUACCCUCGCCCAGCUCCCAUGCCCGACGACAGAGCUCCACCGGCCUCUCGCCGCUAGUGCAGACGACGACGGCCAGCAGCGGCAGCGCGGCAGCCGCCCUCGCCCUCGGCAGCUCCCCGCCUCCGCAUGCUCUCGGUCCCUCGGUGCUCCAGUCGAUCCACGGCGUCCCGCAGACCAACAGCCCCACGCCCGUCCUGACCCCAGACCUCGGCGCCAAGAAGACCCUCCCGCACCAGUCGCCGCCGCCGCCGCCGCCGCCAUCUUCAUCGUCCGCCGCCUCCUCGGCCACAGCCUCGGCGGGCGAGACGACGGCGAGCCCCGCCUACACCACCAACGGAUACUACUCGUCGCGCGUCAUCCUCACCACCUACCCGGGCCAGGUCGGCAUCAAGCCGCUCCCGCUCGCCUGGGGUGCGAGCGAGCCGCGGCAGCGCGGGCCCGUCGUCGCCAGCCGCCACCCCAACUCGAUCAAGGUUCGCAACGCCAUCGGUGCCUACGGCGGCAGCUACUCGGUCUACCGCAGCCUCGCCGUCGCCAUGGGACAGCUCAACCCGAACCAUCGCCCCGACUAUACCAACACCGAGCCUCCCUUUGACAUCCCGCCCAACCCGAGCUGGUUUGACCGCAGCAAGAUUGUCGCCAUGGACCCGUGGGGCCACCUUGCGCCCCAGCUCUUCCGGUCCGAGUUUGACGCCGGCAUCGACAUCCGGCCCACGGCGUCGCUCACAAAGGCGCACAUCAAGAUGCCCGAGCUCGACACGGCGCAGCUGGCCGGCACGUUCCCCGUCGACGGCAAGGUGGUCGUCAAGAGCCAGCGCCUCGCAGGCGUGCCCGACGACGUCGACCCGGGCUGCGAGGUCAACGUCAGCAAGGCCGCCGUCGACCCGGUGUGGUACCUGCCGGGCGUCGCGGAUCGCCUCGGCGUCACCGAGGGCGCGCUCCGCCGCGCCAUCUUUGAGGACACGGGCGGCUCCUACCCCGAGCUGCUGACGCGCCACGACCUCAAGGUCUUCCUGCCGCCCAUCUCGGGCCUCACCGUCUACAUCUUUGGCCGGCCCGAGGACCUGCGCGACCCGGCCAAGGAGGUCACUGUGCGCAUCCACGACGAGUGCAACGGCUCCGACGUCUUUGGCAGCGACAUCUGCACCUGCCGGCCCUACCUCCUGUUUGGCAUCGAGGAGUGCAUCAAGACGGCGCAGCGCGGCGGCGCCGGCGCCGUCAUCUACUUCCGCAAAGAGGGGCGCGCCCUCGGCGAGGUGACAAAGUACCUCGUCUACAACGCCCGCAAGCGCGGCACCGACACGGCGGCCAACUACUUCCGCCGCACCGAGGACAUUGCGGGCGUCAAGGACAUGCGGAUGCAGGCCCUCAUGCCCGACGUCCUCCACUGGCUCGGCGCCACCAAGAUCGACAACUGGAUCAGCAUGAGCGACAUGAAGUACCGCGCCGCCGUCGACAGCGGCAUCACGAUCAUCAACCGCUACGAGCUGCCAGAGAGCCUCAUCCCGGCCGACGGCCGCGUCGAGAUCGACGCCAAGAUCGAGGCGGGCUACUUUUCGGGCAAGAAGGUGACCGAGGCCGACCUCAAGUCGACCAUCGGACGCCACUGGGAGGAUGUGGACCACUGA